AUGUGUUUUACAUAAUGUUGCUCAGACCACUCAGUGGAAUUCAAGUGCAAUAACAUAAAGUACAUCUCCGGUGAAGUGUUGACCACGUGACCCUUCUUCAUAUCUGCCACCUAUAGCGAAUGUUAGGCAAGACAGAAGCAACAUCCUAAGAGGAAGAGUCUGUUUUCUGGCGUAUGGUUAUUUUCAUCCCCAACAAGUGUAGCAAGGUGAUAUGUUGCUAUACCGACCAUCUCCCCGUGUAACGAUGUGUAGUGUUCACUGAUUCACAUAACUACGAGGAUGCAGGAUCUAUCAUACAACGCCACCGUGUCGAACGGAUCUCUGGAUACAAAUUACGAUGUGCAAGACGAGGAGGAAAACGAAGCGCUUCAAACGCUUGUCAUUUACGCAAACAGGUACUUACUACCUAUUAUAAUAGUUACUGGAUUUCUGGGCAACACCAUAUCCUUUUUUGUCUUUGUCUGUUCUCGCCUCAAGCGUAUAUCCACAUCGGUUUACCUAGCCGCACUGUCCAUCUCAGACACUGGUUUCUUGUUUUGUGUGGGAUUCGGCUGGCUUGAUGCAAUGGGAAUACAUUUCUUUCACACCGAUGGAAUAUGUCAGAUCGUUGUCUAUAUGACGUUUGUGUUUAGCUUUACAUCUGUUUGGUACGUAAACGCAUUCACGAUCGAGAUGUAUGUUGCCGUGUUUCACUCCUCAAAAGGGGACAAAGUGUGUAAACCUAGAUUUGCCCGACGGGCGGUGCUUGUCCUGACGGCUUUUGCAGCUCUGUUAUACAUGUUUGCCUUCUGGACUGCCAAGGUAACCACCAGCGGGACGGAACAGAAAUGCAUGUCUACAUCUAGUGACAGUGACACUAUGAUGGUCCUCUCUAUACUCGAUACAUUCCUAACGCUUCUACUGCCUUUCUCUAUGAUUAUCUUUAUGACAACGCGCCUAUUAAUAGACAUCUCUAGGUUGUACAAGAAACCAUCGGAGUAUAGAACCGGUUCCAACAAUAAUAGUGUUAGUGACUCUCAAGGCGACAGCAACGAAUCGAACACUGGUCAUGACCGCAUGGCAAAGCAAGCUCUGAAAGCCCAAGCAAAGCUCAAGCGCAUGUUGGUAGUGGUUAUUAUAGUAUUUGUGGUACUCAAUCUACCAAGUCAUGCCAUACGUGUACAGUUCUUCUUUCGGAGCAUCACGGAGUCACAUUACAGUGUGUCGCGGACGGAAGUUUACUGGCAGCACAUAGUACAAAUAUUAUAUUACAUCAAUUUUGCAGUCAACUUCGUGUUAUACAGCGCAUGCGCUAAAAGUUUCAGACAUGCACUGUUAAGACUACCUCUGGCAAGCUGUGUCGGUGAUUGUUCCUGUGUCAGAAAUCCAUUUAAUACGCUUCUUAACAAAAAAAUCCGAAAAAGCAAGUUGUCUGAUAUCAAAUACCGGGCGGAUCGGCAUGAAGAUAACAUAAACUCCCGUCUGGUAGAAAUCCAUCUGUCGGAAAUCCAAAUUUCUCAACUGCCGUCCCUUGAUAGUGAGUAUGUAUGUCAGUCCCCACCCUGUCUACUCAUUCGUGAGCAGGCCAUCCAGGAGUAGGCGCUUGAAGUUACUCACAUAAACUGUAUUGCCCGUGUGAAUAAGGUAUAUUUGAUGUGAUUUGACCUGUCUUGGAUUUAUUAUAUGAUUGUUGCACCUACUUUGCUAAUAUCAGACAACUAUUUUUAUCUUGUGAUCGAAACUUGAUUGACAGUUGAAGAAGUAUUGAGAAUAAUAUACAGGAAUUCCAUUCAACGUGUGUGACAUGAAAGCGAUGAGCGAUGAUUUAAUUAUUACGACAAUAUACAUUUAUAAUUAGGUGGUUCAACAGGUCAACUUCACAGUGUUGUGUUGUAUAAAGUGUUUGUGUUUAUCAUGUUAAAAUCAAAGGUCUGAGAGUCGUUGACUAUUUCUGUGAUCGAUAUUAAAUUGUACAUACAUGUAAAAGUAGUUUAAUAUGUUGGUUCCAUAAUGUAUAUAUUAGUGAUUAACUUUGUUUUAUGGUAUAAAAUCUAAAUUGUUAAAAUCUCAAAGGUUUAUUGAAAGAGGGUCGGGAUUACAAGUGUUGAAUAUGAAUUUCCAACCGUAAGGAUUUAUAUCCAAAUCAACAAUACGAACCACAGUUGAUUCUUUCAGAACUUUAUCGAACAAUAAAAAAAUGUGAAUGCAUUGACCCAUUCCUUAUACAAAGUUGCUCAAAAAAAAAAACAAUUUCUAUGAUAAGUGCUUUAAAUAAUUAGCACAGAAAAUAUGACAUUAGCAAGGCUAUCCUAGGAAUACAGUUUAAAACAAACACAUGAACAGAAUAUGAUCCAUACUAACAGAAACAACGUGCACGCCUUCUUCCCCAGCGACGAAUAAUAGGUACGAAGUCGUUCGCCCUUUAUCACUUGGGAACAGUGAUUAGAAACCUGAGCACGACAGAUCACAUGAGGAAUUGCAGUCCGGCAGCUAUAGGCCGCUAUUGGCAGCCGAGUAGAGCAAUCUUCUGUCUGUACCGAAUUGCUUUCCUAGAGUAACAUGUGGUGUUUGUCCAUAUCAAAUGUGUUCUAUUCAGCACUGCUUUAUUGCUGCACACAGUGCCUUGAUAUUGUCUUUGUCAUUAAAUAUUUAACCCAAUAAACAAAGCAUCGAAUUGUGUUAAUUAAAUCAAUAAAAUUUAUAUUGAUGGACGAAGACAUUUUGAUAUAUAUACGUGUCACUUUAUAAAAACAUGA